AUGGGCACCAGAGCAUUAGCCCUGCCCCCUCCUGUGCGGGGGUUGCUGAGCUGCUGCUUCGUGUGCAGCUGGGCUCUGGGAGGCCCGCGGCCAUUCCGUGCUCUGCUUUCUCCAAUCCAGCCGGGGUCUAGGCCUGUGUGGCUGCCCCGGGAAGGGGCAGAGGCAGCGCUGGCUUUUCUCUACUCUGGUGAUGCCCGGCAACUGUUGGGGGCCAACUGCAGUGAGCGCUACACAGCGGACAGCGUGGGAGCCAGAGCGGGACUCCCCCCGGUUCUGCAAGGUGCAGCCAGUACCCUUGCCCAAGCUGCCAAUUUCCUCAACAUGCUCUUGCAAGCCAACGACAUCCGUGAGUCCAGCGUGGAGGAGGAUGUGGAGUGGUACCAGGCCCUGGUCCGCAGCAUGGCCGAGGGGGACCCAAGAGCUUACCGCGCUUUGCUGACUUUUGACCCUCCCCCAGGGGCCAGCCACCGACAGCUGGCCUUGCAGGCCACCCGAAUGGGAGAGGAAACCAUCCUUCAGGACUUGUUUGGGAACGGGGUGCAUGAAAGCCCAGAAGACCCCGACACCCCCACUCUACAGAAGCGGGUGCUAACCAAUGACCUGGGGAGCCUGGGCAGCCCCAAGUGGCCCCGAGGGGAUGGAUAUGUAGGGGACAUUCAGCAGGUGAGGCUGUCUCCUCCUUUCCUGGAAUGCCAGGAAGGCCGGUUUCGUCCUGGCUGGCUGGUCACCCUCUCAGCCACCUUCUAUGGACUCAAGCCGGAUCUCAACCCGGAGGUCAGGGGGCAGGUGCAAAUGGACAUAGAUCUCCAGAGGGUGGAUAUUGACCAGUGUGCAAGCAGCCCGGGCUGGUACUCCAACACGCACCUGUGUGAUCUCAACAGCACCCAGUGUGUCCCCCUGGCGAACCAGGGCUUUGUCCUCGGCCGCUACCUUUGCCGCUGUCUUCCUGGAUUCUACGGGGCCAGCCGUGCCACGGGGUUUGAGGAGAAUGCUACCCACGCUGCUGGGCAAUUUGAGUCCCCCCGAGGCAACUCAGGGAGGCUGCUGCGGUGCCAGCCAUGUCCGGAGGGCUGUCCCAGCUGCCAAGAUGCCACUCCGUGCCUGGUGGAGGAAGUCCCAGCACUGAGGGCAGCAGUGCUGGCCUGCCAGGCCUGCUGCAUGCUGGCCGUCUUCCUGAGCAUGCUCAUCUCCUAUCACCGCCGCUGGAGCAAGAGCAUCCGGGCAUCUGGAGUGGUUCUGUUGGAAACCAUCCUGUUUGGAUCCCUGCUGCUGUACUUUCCUGUCUUCAUCCUGUACUUUAAAGCCAGUGUGUUCCGAUGUAUUGCGCUUCGCUGGGUCCGCCUGCUGGGCUUUGCCACCACGUAUGGCACCAUAAUCCUCAAGCUUUACAGAAUACUCCAGCUGUUCCUGUCUCGGACAGCCCAGCGGGGCCCACACCUGAGCAGCGGGCGGCUGCUGCGGCACCUGGGGCUGCUCCUGUUGCUUGUGCUGGGCUUCUUGGCCGUGUGGACAGAAGGUGUCCUGGAGCGGGACCCCCAGCACACACCUCUGGUGACCCAAGGCCACACUCCCACUGGCCGCCACUUCUACCUCUGUCACCAUGACCACUGGGACUACAUCAUGGUUGUGGCCGAGCUGCUGCUCCUGUGCUGGGGCAGCUUUCUGUGCUACACCACCCGCGCGGUGCCCUCAGCCUUCCACGAGCCGCGGUACCUGGGCAUUGCCCUGCACAACGAGCUGCUGCUCUCCACUGCCUUCCACAUGGCCAGGUUUAUGCUAGUUCCCUCCCUGCACCCGGACUGGACCCUCCUCCUCUUCUUCUUCCACACACACAGCACGGUCACUGCCACGCUGGCUCUAAUAUUCAUCCCUAAGUUCCGGAAGCCAGGGGCCCCUCCCCGGGAGGAGAUCUUGGAGGAGGUGUACGAGGACGAGCUGGAUCUGCAGCGCUCUGGUUCCUACCUGGACAGCAGCAUCGCCUCGGCCUGGAGUGAGCGCAGCCUGGACCCUGGGGACAUCCGGGAUGAGCUGAAGAAACUCUACGCCCAGCUAGAGGUCCACAAGACCAAGGAAAUGGCAGCCAACAACCCCCACCUGCCCAAGAAGCAGGGCAGUUCUCGCCAGGGCCUGGGCCGCUCCUUCAUCAGGUACCUGGCUGAGUUCCCCGAGGCACUGGCCCGGCAGCACUCCCGAGAUGCAGGCUCCCUGGGCCAUGGCAGCCUGCCCAGCUCCUCCCGCUGCCGGCUCCUUAGCACCAGCUUCCAGGAAGCCGAGGGGCCGCCGGCCCACGACCAGCCCCGGGAGCAGGACUCUCCGCUGCUCGACUCGCUGCUGAGGAGGACCCUGUCCAAAAAGGCCCCACGUGUGGAGAGCCGGGAGCAGGCCGAGGGUCCGCCUGCCCUGAGCUUCAGGUCGGCCAGUGCCCACAACCUGACGGUGGGGGAACAUCUCCCCAGGGCCCGACCCUCCUCCUUGCAGAAGUCACUCAGCGUGGUGGCUGGCUCCAGGGAAAAAGCCCUGCUUGUGGCCAGCCAGGCCUAUCUGGAAGAGACCUAUCGGCAGGCCAAGGAGCAGGAGGAGCGAAGGAAGACCGAGGUGGCCCUUGUGAGCCCGGCGCGGAGACCCUCGGCAAGGAGGCUGGAGAGGGUUUGGGGGGCCCCCCUGUCAGCCCCGCCAUCCCCUGCCAAGAGCAGGGGCAUGGACAGCUCCCGCGCCUCUGGGAAGCUUCAUGAGGAGGCUGGGAGGAGGCUGGCUCACCCGCCCAUCCGCCACCAGGUCUCUACACCCAUCAUGGCACUGUCUGGGGCCUUCCUGGGUGAGUCAAGGAUGCUGUCCCCUACCUCCACGCUGGCUCCUGCUCCAGUGCCAACUCUGGCCCCAGCCCCUGCCCUGAUGCUGGCCCCAGCCCCUCCUCAAAGUCCCACUCUCCUCAACUUCAUUUGCCCCUGGGAGAAUGCGGAACUGCCAGUCAAGAAAGAACCCGUGACCCAGGAAGCACCCUUGGGGCCGGAGCAAGGCAGCCAUGGCCAUGCCCCAGCUCGAGCCAGGCUCUGGAGGGCCCUGUCUGUGGCAGUGGAGAAAAGGGGGACUGGGGAAAAUGGGCUGGACUCAGGGAACGGGCCUCUGCAGGGGGAAGCUGCCGAAGCGGAGGAGAACAGGCCCAAAUUCUUCUCCAAGUCCCACAGCUUCAGGGCCCCCGUGGAGCAGGGCUCCAUGCGCAGUCUUGGCCUGGCCAUCAAAGCUCUGACCCGCUCUCGGAGCACAUACAGAGAGAAGGAGAGCGAGCAGGACGGCUCUGAGAAGAAGGCCAGGGUGCCAGGGCAGGGUGGGGGGGCCCCGCCCAGGUCCCCCAGGCCAGGCCGUCCGCCGGCGGUGAGCAAGCAGGCCGCUCUUACCCCCUGCGAUGAUGAGGAGUCGAUGCAGAAUCAGCAGAACACUUACACUAGCAGGAUGCUCCAGGUCCGCCACUGGGAGGGCAGUGGCAAGCAGGAAGACAGAGGCCUGAAGGUGGCCCAGGGGAACCUAGGGGAGCAGCGAGCUGAGAGGGCAGGCAAAGUGGGGCCUGCCAUCCUGAAACAAGUGUUUGGGGACAGAAACGUUGAGCAGGCAAGAGAGACCCCUGUAGGUGGGCAGGAAGCACCUAGAGCUGGCCUCCAGCUGCUGGGCAGUGCUGACCACAGGGCGGCCGAGGUGUGUCCCUGGGAAGUCACAGGGUCAGAAACGGCUCAGCUGGAUGGUUGCAACAAGGCCGAGAUCUGCCCCUGGGAGGUGAGCAAAGAGGCCCCUGAGGGGAGGGCAUCACAACAAGAUCUCAGUGACUCCCAAGAUGAGAGGCACAAGGCUCCAGAAAAAACAGAGCCCAGAGGUGGGGCUGCCACUGCUCAGAAAAAGCCUGAGAGGCUGGUCAGGGGGCAGGAGGCCGUGUGUCCCUGGGAGGGUGCCGAGCCAGGAGGUGCGUCCCCUCAGUCAUUCCCUGUGGACACUGAGAGAAGCAUGGGCACAUCCGAGGCAGUGGGCAGUGGACAGGCCAGGAAGGUGGGGGACAGGCAUCGGGGGGAUGCCACUGACCCAGAAGCCGGCACAGCGGGGCUCGCUGCUGCAGAGCUGGGCCCCUGGCAGGCAAGUGGGGAAGGAGAAGGGAAAACAGCCCAGGAGUUGAUGCAGGGGCCUCCCCAGGAAAGGCAGAAAAUUCCCAAGAGGGCAGCCUUCUGGAAAGAACGGAACCUGGGUACAGACUUGGAAGCCUUCUGUCCAUGGGAGAGCACAGAUUUCCGGGGCCCCUUGGCCGUCUCACUGCAGGUCUCAGGUGGCUGUGGGGCUGAGAUACAGCCCAGAGAGGCAGGGGAUGUGCCGGCCUUCAGGAAAGCAGAGGUCUGCCCAUGGGAGCUGGGGGAUGAGGGGAGGAGAACAGGUGGAGAUUGUCUCCAGGAGAAGGGAAAAGCUGCUGGAAAAGGGAGCUUGGGAGAGGCAGGGGAACAAGCUGUGAAUGCCAUGCAGGUGUUCAGUGCACAGCAGGAAUCACCAUGUCCCUGGGACAGCACAGACAAUUCCUCACCCACAGUUGGUGGCCAGCUCCCAAGCAGUGCAGGAAGUAGAACAGUGCAGGUGCAUCCACAGGAAGACCUCGAGCCAGAAUUCAGGGAGGCAACAUCAGCCAAAGCCGAAAUCUGUCCCUGGGAGGUCAAAGAAAUAACAGAGGGCUGGACGUCAGGCCGGGCACCAAGAAGGCAAUCUCUGGAAGAUGAGGAGAAAAUGCCUGGGAAAGCAGGAAGCAAAGGGGCCAGAGCCUGGGAAAAGUCUGAGGAGCAGAUGCAGAAGCGGGAGGCAGUGUGUCCCUGGGAAGGUGUGGACCCCAGCGGCUGUGGCCCACAGCUAGGCCCUCCAGAUUCAGACAGAGCACAAGUCGAUUUCCAGGCAUCAAGCAGCGUGAGAAGCAAAGCCGCUGAGAUCUGCCCGUGGGAUGUGCAGGGUACCCCGGCUGCUGCAAGGGCAGAGAGCUGUCCCUGGGAGGCCACAGGGGCUGCAGCCAGGGAGGAGAGCACUCAGAGGAUGGAGGCUGCCAGGAAGUCUCCCACUGAUAGUGGAGAGACUCCUGAAGAUUCCAGAUCCAGGGGGAGUGCUGUUACAGUUCCAAAGAAGCCAGAGCCAACUGCCCCUGGCCGCGAGGUGGCCUGUCCCUGGGAGAGCUUGGGUCCAGGAGGUCAGCAUACAGACUCUCUGGACACUGACAGAUCAAAGGCUAGGUUUCAGGCUUCAGAUCACAUUGGAUGCAGGCCGGCAGAGGUGUGUCCUUGGGAAGUAGAGGAGACUCUGACCAGUGAAAAAGCUAAGAUCUGCCCCUGGGAGGUGAAUGAAGGAGCCACUGGGAAGGAAUUGGAACAAGAGAAGGAGAGUGACUCAGCAGGGCAGAGGGAAAAAACUCUAGAAGACUUUAGAUUCACCUCCCCAGGGAAAGGUGAAUCGAAACCAGAGGCAAAAUGGAGUCAUGAGCAGGAAGUGAUUUGUCCUUGGGAGGACAAGACCCCAAGGGAAGCAGCUUCUCAGGCCAAAGUCUCAGACCCGUACAGCCGCACGGGCAGCCAGGUGGCAGAGGGGCACUCCCUGGAAGUGAGUUAUGAGGCCACAGAAAACAGGGACCUGAGACAAGACCCGAAGACAGACUACCUCCAGGAACACAGAACCCAGUCAACAGCUCUCACUCCUGAAGACAGGGAAAGAACCAGCAGGGUGCUGCAGUCUGUGUCCUCUCCGCUCCUAGCUGGUCCUGACCACAGACUGGCCAGAACUGGGGACAGGGCCACUGACAUAUGUCCAUGGGAGGCAGCUGACCUGAACACUCCCUGUGUUGCUGACCUCUGUGCCAAGGCUGAGAUCUGUCCCUGGGAGGGGGCUGAAAUGCUCCCUAAGAGAACACUACCAACCCAGGAUGGACAAGGGCGUUCUCAAGAGGAGAAGGGGAAAGCAGCAGAAAAGCCAGAGCCCCAAGGUGUGGAAGUUCAGUCAAAGCCAGGGAUGACAAACUUGGGGCAGCAGGGAGCCGUGCGUCCCCAGGAGAGUCCAGGCCGUACAGGUCUCUCCCUGCAGUCAGGCCCACUUGCUUCUGAUGAAAGCUGCGGAGGUUCUGAGGCAGCAGGCAGCGUGGGGGUCAGGGCAGCAGAAGUGUGUCCAUGGGAAACAGAAGAGGCAUCCUGUGCCAAGAGAGCUGAGAUCUGCCCUUGGGAGGUGAGAGAAGGAGCAGCCAAGGAAGGAGAGCUUGGCACAGCCAAGGAGGGGGAUGGAGACACACCUGGACGAGGAGGGCUGUCCUUUCAGCAGGUGGCAUCCGAACCUGGCAGACAGCAGGAGGCAGUGUGUCCUUGGGAAGGCACUGCAGCAGGGGGCCUCCUUCCCCAGCCGGAGGUUCUAGACCCUGUUCAGGUCCAAGUCAGCCCCCAGGCAGCAGGCAGUGAGGGGAGUAGGAUGGCAGAGCUGUGUCAGUGGGAAGUCACUGAUCCUGAUGGAAACAAAAUCAAGGGCACCAUGGCAGACAUCUGUCCCUGGGAGGAAACUGGCCUCCUGGCUUUAACACCAACUCGGACUGAGAAUUCUCCCCCAGUCUCGGAGCAGUCACUAUGCCUUUCGGUCCAUGAACCCCUGCGUAGCUUCCUUCCAGAAAGCAAGAGCCCGCGGCCCCAGGUGAACAAGCCAGCCAGUACUUCCAUUCUAGAAGGUGUCAAAGAACCACAAGGGCCAUCAGGGCUUGGGCCAAGGACCGGCUUGGUCCCCGAGCCACAUCUUCAAGAAGUUGAACCUCAGAAGUCCAUCUCCUUAAGUGAAGAUGAAGGACAGGUGGCUGCCGACGGGGACAGUGAGGACCUCACCUCUCCAAGGGUCUAUCCUUGGGAUGAGGAGUAGUACACAGAGCUGGCUGGCAGGAGUCCAGAUGCUUCCCACAUCCUAGUGGUUCCAAGAGGUGGAAUCAAGACACCCAGUCACUUCCCCUCCUGGGCAGGCCAGAAAGACAACUCCUUCAGACAACAAGGUGUACCAGCAGGGUGCGGCCCAGACCCCAGCAGGCACUGUCAUCCUCUCUUAGAUGAAGGUGGGCCCUCUGCUUCUGCAGAAUCCCACAUCCCGAUAGAGUCCUCAGUACAAGCAUUGUCUGGGCAUCCACAUGUGGAGCCAACAUUAGCAGC